AUGAAGUUAUAACUUCACAUGGUGCAAUUGAACCAGAUAAGGACAACGUCCGCCUAGAGCCAUAUUCCUUGCCACAAGGUUUUAUGUGGGACACAUUGGAUCUUAGCAAUGCUGAAGUUCUGAAGGAGUUAUACACACUGUUAAAUGAGAAUUAUGUAGAAGAUGAUGAUAAUAUGUUUAGGUUUGAUUAUUCACCUGAAUUUCUUCUGUGGGCGCUACGUCCUCCGGGCUGGUUACCCCAAUGGCACUGUGGAGUUAGAGUGUCUUCAAACAAAAAACUGGUAGGAUUCAUAAGUGCCAUCCCUGCAAAUAUUCGUAUUUAUGACAGUGUGAAGAAAAUGGUAGAAAUAAAUUUUCUGUGUGUCCAUAAGAAACUGAGAUCUAAACGGGUCGCACCUGUACUGAUUCGGGAAAUAACCAGAAGAGUAAACCUGGAGGGAAUUUUUCAGGCUGUUUACACUGCUGGAGUUGUACUCCCCAAACCUGUGGCCACUUGCAGGUAUUGGCAUCGAUCACUGAAUCCCAGAAAACUGGUGGAGGUGAAAUUUUCACAUUUGAGUAGAAACAUGACUCUACAAAGAACAAUGAAGCUCUACAGACUUCCUGAUGCCACAAAGACUUCAGGUUUGAGACCAAUGGAACAGAAAGAUACUAAAGCAGUACAAGAAUUAAUCAACGCUUACUUGAAACAAUUUAAUCUUGCUCCUGUGAUGGAUGAGGAAGAGGUAGCCCACUGGUUCCUGCCUCAGGAUCAUAUUAUUGACACUUACGUUGUAGAGGGCUCAAAUGGUAUUUUAACAGACUUCCUCAGUUUCUACACAUUACCUUCAACAGUGAUGCACCAUCCUGUUCAUAAAAGCCUCAAAGCUGCCUAUUCCUUUUACAAUAUUCAUACAGAGACCCCCCUCUUGGACUUAAUGAAUGAUGCACUCAUUAUAGCUAAAUUGAAAGGAUUUGAUGUCUUCAAUGCACUAGACUUAAUGGAAAACAAAACAUUCCUGGAAAAACUCAAGUUUGGGAUUGGAGAUGGAAAUCUGCAGUAUUAUUUGUACAACUGGAGGUGUCCUGGCAUGGAAUCUGAAAAGGUUGGUCUUGUAUUACAAUGAGGACACUUAUGUUUCUAGAACUCUGAGGUCAUCAUUUGAGUUAAUUUGAUCUCCAUAACUCUUGGAAUGGUAUUGUUCAAGAGGAGUAAAAGCACAACGUCAGUGAUACUGAAAUAGUCCAUUAAACCCGAACAAUGAAGACAUCCAUAUGUGACCAAAUUUAUGCAUUUGCAGAUAGCAGAAGGUCCAUGAAACUCUUUAUUGUCCAUGAAAAGAAUAAAAGCACAUUCAUUUAAGUUUCAAAGCUUAGCUUGCACCUUGAUGAGAAGAAGGUAUUUUUUUUCCACUCUGUAGAAAAGACUGUUUUGUACAAACUGAACUUCAGUGGUGGAUUAGGGUACAAAAAUAUUUGCUAUUAUGUGGAUGAACUGCUGCAUUUUUAUUUAUUAAAGUGGUGGUGUAUGUUUGUUAGUGUAACAGAAUGAAGGAUACAAACAUGAGUAUCUUUGCUUAUUUACUUCAUGUGGAUAUCAUCAUUUGGGGGAAAAUCAUGAAGUAUGAUACGUUUGUAGCUCUAUGAAAGUCCUGGAUGUUUUUGUAACUGGAGCAGUAUGACAAUGUACUGGUUUAACUAGUGCAUUUGUUUCUCCAUAAGCAACGCUGCCAAAUCAAUAAAAAUACAGAUUUGUACUUUGAUCUUCAAUAGAUCAGUGGAUUGAUUUAACAGUAUCGCACUGUUCAGUGCAGGUGUUAUCUAUGUUGCCGGAAUGAUAAUACAUUACUGUACUUAAUUUACAGUUGUGGCACAAAACCUUAGUUUUUCCUCAGUAGAAUAACAUCAACCUGUGUGUAAAACUAAGAAUUUUAGUAGUGCUAUCAGGAUAUUUAUAGUUUGAAUGUUUUCAACGCUUCUGCGAAAUUGCACAUAUUCCUUUGUCUACUUUGAUUUCCUAUGAAGUCUGUAAUUCUAAUGAAAGUAUCUUGUGUAAAUACGUAUUCAUAAAUUGUUCCUGGUAGUGUUUUUAUCCGGACUUUGGAACAAGAAGUUUUGCUAUAUGUGUGGUUGAUGAGCAGAAGAUAAAUGCUCUACCCUCAGUCCUUGGAAGUAUCUGUACUGUGCUUCCUGAAAUGUAGGAGGGCUGACCUUUGUUGUUGGGGGAGCUGUUUUAAUUCCCUCAUGAAUGCUCACAACCAGAGCAGCUUCUGAAGCACUUUAUAUGCAU